UCUUGGUUUCGGUUGGUCUCUGUGUUCGACUCGACGACGUCGUCGUGUCAGCUUAGCUCCGCGAAAGCCAUUGCCAUAGUCAGCCAACAGGAGGCCAACGAGAAGAAGUAUAGUUGCGUUAAAAAAUCUUUCACAGAAGAAACAGAGGAACUUCCUGGACAUUUUUUUCGGAUGCGAUAGUGGCCUUCCGCUAGGGCGUCAGGUGAGGGUGAUAGUGUCGAACGAUUCGUCGGGAUACGGAACCGAUUUUUACGAGUGAAUCGCGGUCGCUGUUUUUCGGGGAGGUGGAUUUUUCUGCGAAAUAUGUGAGCCAUAUCUUGUGCAAGGGAAGAUUACUGGUGGAAUCGAUUCCGAGCGUAUUGUCGUCGUGGACGGUUUGUGUACUUCCGUGCGGUGAAAAUUGAGUGCUUGGGCAACCAGUGACAACAUUUACGCCCAUUUGCGGUGGUAUUGGAGUGGAUUUAAGGGGCCGAACGAAACGAUUACCGUGGGUCACCCAAUGGUGGCAGUAAUGGAACGCAGGCGGCCGUGAUUUUUCGCUGUCGACAUUUUGACAUCCAUACAUACUCGCUUUGUGGAGGGCCUGCUCCUGCUGCUGUGUAAAUAUGUCUGGAAAAAAGUGACACCAGUGAAGAUGGCAGGCAUUUGUCCGUCGCGGCCGGAAUGAUCACCGCUGGAAGAACCACGGUCAGCUUGGGGCAAAGGAAUAGCAAGCAGCAGUCGUCUCGGCUCGGGGUGUUCCACCGAUCAUUGUCAUUGUCCGCGUAGGCGCGUCCACUUCAUCCAGUGUAUGUGUGAGGGGUUUGUUGUUCUGAGCAGUUCUGAUUCCCGCUCGACACGGCGGCAGAUAUCCGUAUUAAGUUUUGUGUGCAGUCUGCAGUGCGCGCCUCUGUAUCCAGGUUCCAACCAUUGGCAUCAUCGGCAGCGGCCACGGCUCUUCUAUCCGGCAUUCAUUCGGCGCUAGUAAUGAUGAUGUGAAAGAAUUCACAACAGCAGUAGCUCAGCCAGCAGUGUGCGGAGUAUUAGUGCUGAUUAUCACUACUAUAUAUCUGCGUGGUUUUGUUUCACCUUUUUCUUCUAUCCAUAUAUAUUUGGGAUAGUUGUGCCAGUGCUGACCAAGGGAUAAAAUAGAAUAUGAGACGGGAGUUAGAAUUAACCCAGUAGUUGAUCCGCAGAUAAGAAGUUAUUGUCGGAAUAGCAAUGUGUGAAUGUGCCGGGAAAAGAGAUAAAUAAAUACAUGUAUCAUACCGUCUGGGUUGGGUUUGAUCAAGAAGAACAGCGCGUGAAGAGAAGUGUACAAUCGGAAUCUAACGCAACAGCAUAAAUGUCUGACGAAAGAAGGUGAAACCAGCGGGUGUGGAAUUUGUAAAUAUGCUGAAAAGUGGAAAGAGCAAUAACAGAAGCUGAAAGGAUAUCUCGAGUCCCGUGGUGUUGUGACCAUUCAGUGCUUCGUCAGGGGAAACAGGGGGACUGCUUCCAGUAAUCUCGAUUUUAAUCGCGGGAAAUAUGCGAAAAAUGCCAAUUUAACCCAAAUAGUUAAUGGUUGUCGUGUACCGGUGUGAAUGCGUCCAUAUAAUAAAUCUGUUUGGUAAAGUUUAACCGAGUGUGAGAAGCAAAACGAAAAAAACAUUCCAAAUGCUAAAUCGCUGCGAAGCGGGAUGCCGACGCGGUUGGGGUCUUGGUAGCCCGAAGGAGAUCUGAUGCUGCACGUGGCCCAGAAGGUCGAACCAGUACCCAGAAUGAUUGGAACUGUUUCGGUCAAUCGGCUAGUAACGACUGAAACUGACACAUCACUGACAACCGCGUCUGGUCCGCCAGAAGGUAGCGAUAGCGUAUUGGAGCAACUGCCACUGCUCGGUUGCCGACAACAGAAACAACAGCAACAACAUCAACAAUGCAGUCCCAGGACGCGAUAGGCGAUUGCUCUCGUUACAUCUUGCAGGUGUACGUCGGGGCACUUUCUCUCCACUAUGAAGCGCUUAGCGUGGAGGCCUCGAAGCAAACUACGGCGGAGGAGAUCGUUUCCUGCAUUGUCGAGCGGUUGGGAUUGACGGGCAACAACUAUGAACUGGCCGAGGUGGCCGGUGAGUGUAAGGAACGACGACUCUCGUCCCACGAGAAACCCGUCUCCGUGAUGCUUCUGUGGCCGAUGCAUUCGGAGAAAGAUUUUCAUAGAUUUUAUUUACGUGAAAGACAAAGCGAUGUUCCUUGGCUAGAUAAUUACGGACUGGAUCCACAGAUACUAAGAGACUUUAUACCAUUUCUAUGUCAGAAAGACAAUAGAGAAUAUCCUGAUUUGUGCCAAUUGCCAGACCUCAAUGAAGCGACACUGCUGGAAAACCUUCGGCAACGGUUCGAUGCUGGUCACAUCUACACGUACGUCGGGAGUAUCCUGAUAGCGGUCAACCCGUUCAAGUUCCAUCCCAUCUACAAUCCCAAGUAUGUGCGACUGUACCAGAACCAACGGAUCGGGCCGAUACUGCCGCCACAUAUUUUCGCAAUUGCCGACAAUGCGUACUACAACAUGCUUAAGGAGAAACGAAAUCAGUGUAUCGUUAUCAGCGGUGAAAGCGGUUCCGGCAAAACCGAGAGCACCAACUUUCUGCUGCACCACCUUACCGCACUGUCGCAGAAAGGAGCCCACGGUUCCGGUGUGGAGCAAACGAUCCUGAGCGCCGGCCCGGUACUGGAAGCGUUCGGUAAUGCCAAAACGACUCACAACAACAACAGCAGUCGCUUUGGAAAGUUCAUCCAGGUGAACUAUCGGGAGAAUGGGAUGGUUCAAGGAGCGGUCGUCCAGAAGUACCUGCUGGAAAAGAGUCGAAUAGUGUCCCAGGGAUACUACGAAAGAAACUACCAUGUGUUCUAUUAUCUGCUGUCGGGGGCGACGGAACAGGAACGGGUCGCGUUGCAUCUGCUGCCGGCGGAAAAGUAUCACUAUUUGAAUGCGAAGAACUUGACGCUGGAAAACUGCGACGAAAAGUACGAAUUUUCUCGGUUAAAACAGAGCAUGGAAAUGGUUGGUUUCUCGGCGGAAAAGCAGCGGCGUUUGUUUGCUGUUUUGUCCGCCGUGCUGUUGCUGGGGAACGUGGAGUUCUUUCCAAAGAAAUCCACCUACCAUCACGAUGAGAGCGUUCAGGUGCGAAACCCGGAAGUAGUUGGACUGAUAUCGGAGCUGUUGCGAGUAAAGCAGGAAACGUUACUAUCGGCACUGACAUCGAAGCGAGUGAAGGCGAGCGGGGAAACGCUGAUCAUGCAGUACAAGCUACCGGAAGCGAUUGCUGCGAGGGACGCUUUGGCGAAAUGUCUAUACGGGGCACUUUUUGAUUGGAUUGUGCUGCAGGUGAACCAUGCCUUGCUAAACAAGGAUCAGACGAUGCAUACCGGGCAUUCCAUCGGAGUGCUGGAUAUAUUCGGGUUCGAAGACUUUGGGCUGCAGAAUAGCUUCGAGCAGUUGUGCAUUAACUACGCCAACGAGCAUUUACAGUAUUAUUUCAAUUUGCACGUUUUCAAAUAUGAGCAAAAGGAGUAUAAGCGAGAGGGCAUCAAGUGGACUGAUAUUGAAUUUUUGGAUAACUCGGGAUGCCUUAAUCUGUUCGAGUCAAAACCUACGGGUUUACUUUGCAUUUUGGAUGAUCUGUGCAACUUCCCGGGUGCCACCAACGAAACGUUGCUGCAAAAAUUCAACAGUGUCCAUAAAGACAACCAGUUCUAUGAGAAACCACAGCGAAAGGAAAAUGCAUUUAUCAUUAAACACUACGCUGGAAAGGUCAAAUAUCAGGUGGCUGAAAUGCGGGAGAAGAAUCUCGACUUGAUGCGACAGGACAUUGUCAGUGUACUGAAGAACUCGAGCAUGGCAUUCGUGCGGGAACUGGUCGGCGCAGAUCCGGUGGCCGUCUUCCGGUGGGCUAUUCUGCGUGCAUUUUUUCGUGGCUACUUUGCAUUUAGGUCGGCCGGUAUCAAGCACCGUAAGGAACGGGCCGAUCAGACCUAUAAUAAGCUCUCCACCAAGAGUCGCUACCGUGCUCCGAAUGAGAGCAUCGUGAGCCAUCUCGUGACGGUAUCAUCGGUGAACUUAACUAUUAACCGAAUCGCUAAGCGAAUUAGUAAUGCCAUGCACGAUAUUACCUCAAACGCCACGAACAACAGCCAUAGCGGAAGUGCCAGCAGCGGGGGUGUCAGCUAUCGCCAGUCACUCGGCUCUGCGACGACCCAGGCUCUCAACAACAGCUUCGGGGCGUCCUCCGGUGGCGGUGCCGGAACACCCCGGCGAUCCUGGUCCAGUUACGCGUUCAGCAACAAAAACUUUCCGGACGGUAAGCUCAGCUACGAGUGCCAACAGCAGCAGCAGCAGCAGCAGCAACAGUCAAGCUCCGGUUCCCAGUCCUCUGUAUAUAGUAAUAGUGGUAAGCAAUCGACAACGAACGCAGCCGGGGGCAAGAUGGGCUACAACUCGUCGCUGGCCGCGCGGAAUCGGUUCGAACGCUCGACGCAAGACGUGAUGGCACGCGCUUCGCAGAUUGUGAUGAAGAACAAAUCCUUUCGACCCCGGGAACGGCCGAAGAAGGGCCUGAAAAAUCUCCAGUCGGUGAAAACCCUUUCCGCCGGACAGAAUCUCAGCAACAACCAGACGGCGGUGAAAACUCGUAAACAACCGCUAACCGUGACGGCACAGUUCCAGAUCUCGCUGGUCGCACUCAUGGAAACGCUCAACCAGGCGAAUCCAUUCUUCAUUCGGUGCAUCAAGUCGAACCCGAACAAAGUGCCGAACCAGUUCGAUGAUGCCACCAUCACCAGGCAGCUCCGUUACACAGGAAUGCUGGAAACGGUACGAAUUCGCCGGGCGGGAUACAACGUGCGCCUCACGUACGAAGAAUUUAUCCAACUGUAUCGUAUCCUACUGCCCAAGGGGCUUGUCAGUUCGCAGAAGGACGUGCAGGACUUUAUGAAUACAAUGGACCUCAAUAAGCAGCACUACCAGCUGGGAAAGACCAAGAUCUAUAUGCGCGAAUCGCAGAAGAUGCGGCUGGACAUUUGUCUGCACACGCGAAUCAUCGACAGUAUCAUCACGAUUCAGCGCUGGUUCCGGUCGAUCCUGCAGCGGAAAAAGUACUGCCAGUACCGCAGUGCAGCCUGCACGAUUCAAUCUUACUGGCGGGUGUACCUGAAGGCCAAGUUCCUGACGAAGUUGCGAACGGAAGCGGCCACCAUCAUACAGAGCGCUUGGCGGGGCUACACGGUACGAAGGUGGUACAAUAAGCUGAAGAGUGGCGUACAGGUGAUACAGGCGCGAAUCCGGGGCAAUCAGGCACGGGAACGGUUUAAUUUGAGCAAGAAACUGCAACGUGCCAAGCUACGGUCGACGCAGAGCCUCCCCGCAUCCGAGCGCCUUCUGGAGAGCUCGUUCGACGCACCGGAAAUUCUCCAGCUCAGGGUGGUCAGUGUUAGUAAAAAGCAGCCAGCGUCCACGGUCGGAAUGAGCUUCGAGUCGGCCGUUGACAUAGUCAACAAGAAUCAGGCUCUGUUCAGCGAUAACAGUUUGAGCAGUGCGGAUUUCAUCGACGACGAUGAUGAUGACGAUGACGAGGACGAUGAUGACUGUUACGAGGACAUGGGUCUGGUAGAUGAGCCAAGCUACGGAGCGUCGUCGGCGUUAAGGCGUGAGAUGUUACUCGAAAAGAAUACCAGCAGCGGUAGUGUGGACAGUGGUUUGCUAGAUGGAUACGGUAGCAGUCAGCAGCAUGUAAAAAUGCCACUUCAUCGGCAGGACGAUGUGUUGGAUCGACCAAUACGGAAGUAUGAAAUCGAACGUGCGAGUAAGAGCACAUUUGACGAUGCCGAAUUGGCUAAGUACCGUUUAAGUUUGCUCGGAGGUGUCAGUGGGAAGCUACCUGUACGACGGGUAGACUCCGGUCCAUCGCAAAGCCAUCGCGUUCGUUAUGAUGGAUUUGGAAGUGCCAGCACAGGUCCCAGUAGUGGAAUGAUUCGAAAUCAAAACCACAGCAAUAAUAGUUUUAGUUCCAGUAAUGUUGAAAUCGUUCUUGUACAUACCGGUUUAGAUAGUCUCUCUUCUUCAGUGGCCACUUCCGGAAUUGCCAAUAGCGGCAUCGGAAGCAGUGGUAGCAGUUCACAUGCUCCCACUAUUGCUCCCGAUCAACCGCAGAAACAUCCUCUUCAACGGAAUCUCAACCGUAACACGAUAAGCCAAACGCAACAACAACAAUCCAGUACCACACUCAGUCGCCGGGAACUGCUUUGUCGCAGUCAAGGUGACGAAAUAAACUCCAACUAUCACCUGCAACAUCUUCAGUCAUCACCUCUCAUGUCAGCGCUGUCGUCCGCCUCGUGUACAGCCAACUACCAGAAUGUCCAGUACACUUCCACCCCAACGACAGCCUACCAUCAACAGCAGCCGCAGCAGCAACCACACAUCUACAACAAUAACAACAACACAAUGAAACACAGCACUUCCAGUUCCAACAGCAUCAGCGGUAGUACAAAUAGUUUGUACAACUAUGUUACUCAGCAGCAGCAACAACAGCCACAACAAUCGCAACAACAGCAAUACAUCCCACCUAGUGGCGUUGCAGCAUCGCAGAGCAAUCAGUCGCUGUCGCACCGGGCGUUAAGCAACUAUCCGGAUGAUUUCGUCCAAAACUACUACAACACUACGACGCCGAAGGGUAAAGCGGCAGCUCUGCUCGGCACAAAGUCGGAAGAUUCCAAAUACGCAAGCAAGGAUAUCGACCUGACGCUAUCGAGUGCGGCGACGACGACGAUGACGACGACCUCCUCCGGGCCGAUCGCACCCAGUAAAGCGCGUCGCAUCAAAACGAAUCUCAGUGAUGACUUCUCCGGAGCGGUUACCAGUGGAAGUGGAAACGGUUCGGGUCAGACGGCACUCAGUCGACGGGGUGCCAUUGCCGGAGCGGAUACGCUGAAGCGACGAAACUCGGACCCUACCAACAAAAUUCCGCUGCUGGAGGUUAAUCGGGGAAAUGAUAUGUACCAGUCCAGUACACGGAUCAACAUUGGUGGGCAUCAGUUCCGCAAGGUGCAGCGAAUCAAUAAGGCGGAAAAGUGUGCCAGCUGCCAGGAGAGUGAUUCGUUUGUUAACGAAGGCUAUCGCUGUCUCGACUGCAAGGUGUUGGUGCACACUAAAUGCAUCCAGAAUGGAGGUAUCAAAUCGUUGCAGUGUGCAGCUAAGCGGUCGAAGCGGAUACGAACUGGGAAACAUGACAAGCAUGCUCCGAUUGGUUUAGGAAGUACGAGUACUCCCAAUUCAAAGUUUUCCGCAACGAGGGAAUACACCGAUUCGACGGACAAGAUUAUAAGUGAUGCCAAAGAGCUGCAGUUGAUGCAGGACUUCAUCACGCAGAAAAUCUGCAAGAUGGAAAGCGAUUGCGAGAAACCUUCGGAGGUGGACCGGGUGUUCAAACAAGCUCUGCGAGAGUUCAAAGACAAUCUGGUGGCGCAGUACAGUGUGGCGCACAAGCAAAACUCGGAUCUGCUGAACAUCAAGUAUCGGGAUCUGAUCGCCAACUUUGAGCAGGUUAUUGAGACAACUUCAGGCAAGAAGAAUGAUUUCCCGCUAACGAUGGGCGUAAAUGCGUUCCGAGGUUUCAUGAAUGAGUUUAUGAACUCACGUGAAACGGAGAAACCGAAAACGAAGCGGAAAAAGGAUAAGAAACGGAAGCAUGACGAACAUACCACUUACAAUGGCCACACAUUCCAGCUGACAAUCAUCAACAUCGCAACGGCUUGCGAAAUCUGCCAACAGUUUCUCCUCUGGCCAAUCGAACGUGGAUUGGUCUGCCAAAACUGUCGACUGACGUGCCACAAGCGGUGCUACCUGAAGUCGGCCGGAUGCAGUAAAAUUGCCAACUCCGGACCACUGGUGCAGGGAAUGACUGGCGUCGGUGGAGCCGGUGUCGUAGGUAGUGGCGCAAUGUGCGACGCCAGUGGGCAGCCCACUAAGUUGUUCGGUGUGCCGCUGACUGCGCUAUGUGCCGGAAACGAUGGUAUCAAAAUCCCAGCCCAGAUCUACAGUUUGAUCAUGAUGAUUGAAAUGCACGGACUGUACUCGGAGGGUAUCUAUCGGAAGAGUGGCGUUAGCUCUAAAAUUAAGGAAUUGAAAGUCAAGAUGGACCGAGGGAUGGGUAGUUCCGACGAGAUGGACUACGAAAGCUACAAUGUACAUGUGCUAACAAAUGUACUCAAGUCGUUCCUAAGGGAAAUGCCGGAACCUCUGCUGACGUUCGAUAGGUACGAUGACUUCCUAAGGGCGGCAGAUCUGUCCGAUGGGAACGAUCGUGUGCAGACGCUACUGUCGUUAAUCAAGAAGAUUCCACCGUCGCAUCAUUGUCUGCUAGAGAGGUUGAUUUUCCAUUUGGCGCUGGUGGCCAAACUGGAACAGUACAAUCGAAUGUCAGCCAGUUCGUUGGCUAUUGUGUUUGCACCGUGCGUGCUAAGAACGAAUCGGUACGUUCCUGCCCAGGACAGUUUGAACGAUAUCGGCCGGCAGACCAAGUGCAUGGAGACGUUGAUAACACAGAAGAUGUUGAACGUGAAGAGUACCCUGGCGGACAUUGAUACACUGGACACAGCGGCACAUACGGCCACAACAAGGUUAAGUACUCUGCGAAGUAGUAAGGUAUUUACACAGGAAGAAAUGGCUGCCAAUUCACGGGGUGGAGGCACAAGUUUGGAAACGGAAACAGAAGAAAUGCUGCUAGAGGGACAUAUCCAGGAAAUUAAGAAGGAAAAAGCCUUGCUGACCUCAACUUUACCGAGCCUUGCCAGGGCAAGCUCGGAUGAUGAUCUGCUUUCAACGGAUCUUGAUGGAGAGGGUGGUAGUUUGGACGAUCUGAGCAGCAGUAAAGACAAAGAUCUGGACAGUAGCUACAACAAUGUGAUCAGUGAUAGUGGAAUCUCGAUUCGCUACCAACCGCCGUCGGAUCACGGUAGCAGUAAUGUUAGUCUUAACAAUGAUGUACCAAUGGCUGUGAGCUAUAAUUUACGAGAUCAAAGCAUCGAUUAUUUUCAUAAGGUAGGCAAAACGAAAUCUCUGUCCCACCAAACGCUGAUAGACCGGGAGGCGUUCCUAAAAAGCGGCACUCAUAGUGGCUCCGCAACGACUCCCCAGUCACCCACAACUACCAUCACCGCAUCGUCUUCGUCCCCUUCAUCCUCCUCAGCGCCAUCGAUGAACAAAUCUCAAAACGGUAGCACCAGCAGCGUUAGCAACAACAGCACUUCCAGCAAACGGUCCGAUAGUCAACAGUUGAAUCUCAGUCAUUCGAUGGUCACCCUAUCAACGGGCGUUAGUGGAGCAAUCGGCAACACCUCCUCGUCCACCUCGGAUCUGCAACGACAGAAACCGAUCAUUAUGCGUAGCAUAUCCGGCGGCUACGAACCUUCGUCCUCGAUUGGUGGUCUAAAUCCACAAAAAAUUCUAAUCCAACAGUCUGCCUCGAUUCCAAUCUCUUCAUCGUCCUGCUCGUCAUCGUUGGGUAACGUUAACAGCAAUAGCGGCGGCAGUGCGAUGAAGGACAAUAAGGAUCCGAAAAUGAGUCGGCGAAUGUCCGGUAGCAGGCGCCAGAACAGCAGCGGUGGUCCUCCACCACCGCCUUCAUCGAGUGCCGGUGCGGGUGGAGCGGCACCUGGCAACGGCGGCGACGAUGAACCAAUCAUGGUUUAAAUCUCGCGUAAGACUAGUUCAGUUAUAUAUUGUUUCCUUUGUUUUUUUCUUUUCUUCUCUUUUCUUUCAAAUUUAAUUGUGUUUUCUUCGGCCAGAAAGAAAACGGUUCAGUUGAUAGUUAGAAAAAAAAUGUUACACGAACAAUAUACACUCUUUUUCUCAUUAAAACAAACAAACUAAUUGUUGAAAGCAAACCAGACAAGAGAGAAAUAAGUCGCAUUCAGUUUUUAUGUGUAAUAGAAUUUAUGAUGAUUUACUACUAUUAAUAAUCUUAUUUAUAACGCAAAUCGCAGAAACAACUUGUAACAUUAAAAAGUGAUCAUAUAUAGAGCAAAGGCAAAGCUGAGCGAGAGAGUGCGAUGGUGGUGUAACUGCGCUGGUGUUUAAACGUUAACUUGUGCGUGUGCGUGGUUACGUGUGUAUGUGUGUAUACGGGUGUGUGCGACGGUGUAAAAUGUAGGUCAAAUAUAAAAAAAAACUCAUUACUCUUAUAAAAAAAAUGAAACAACAAGAAUGAUAACAUACAAGCGCAUAUAAAUUCACAUAUUUAGAUAGUGCAGAAUGAAUCAUUAUAACAAAAAUUCAAGAAAAAGUAUAUAUAAAAAUAUGAUAAUCACGCUACUCGAACGAAUGAUUAAACAAGAAAAUCUAUUUGAAAACGAAUUUAAAGUUUAGCCAAA